AUGGCAAACGAUGCUACCAUUGGCUACCUAGCCAUACUUGUCGCAGCUUUGGGUUUCGGAUCCAAUUACAUUCCUGUGAAGAAGUGUGAGACAGGGAAUGGGCUUGCGUUCCAAUUCUUUUUCUGUUGGGCUGUGUGGCUAGUGGGUCUAGGGGUGGGAGUCUAUCGCGGCUUCCCCUCCACGCCUCCUCUUGCCCUCCUGGGGGGCGUCUUAUGGAGCACGGGGAACCUCCUCUCCGUCCCCGCCAUCAAGCUCAUAGGCCUUGGCCUCUCGCUGCUGAUCUGGGGCAUUAGCAAUAUGUGCGUGGGGUGGGCCUCGAGCACCUUCGGUAUCCUGGGCGUGGAAAAGCAG